GUCAAAACAAAAUAAUUUAAAUUCAAAAUUUCAAAUCGAAAGAGAGUAACCGAAACAAAAGACGCUCGUACAGAAUUUUAUUAAAAUAUAAUCAAAAUGAGCUUGUUAAGUGCUGUUCUACAGGAAGCCAAUAAAGUUAGUAUACAAGAGUUAAAGAAAAGUCGAGACCAAGUUUUACCAUUAAUAAAAGACUUAACUGAACGAGUGCAAUUACUGUCUUGGGCACUACAACAGAAUAUAAUCGAUACAUUCGUUAAUUUUACUAUAACAAAGAGUUUAGAGCAACUAAACUAUUACAACCGGAAAACCAAAAUACUCACGGACCAUUCGAAAUGCGAAGAAGAUAUAAAAUCGCUCCAGGAAAGAUAUGAAGUAAGUGAUGAAGAAUUUAAAAAUCAUUGUGUAAAGUUAAACAAAUCAAUGGAUAUUUUCAAAGAUUUAUGUGUUAUUGUUGAUGGGAAACGGAUUUUAGAGAAGGCAAAUCAUGAGUUUGGCAGGUACAACUACAGUGAUGCUAUGAUGGCAGUGAAAAGUUUGAAAACGGAGUUGAAGAAUUUAAAAUUCGAGGGUAAUAUGUCAAAGGCGUUAACGGCUAUUAAUGCACAGGCUGAAAAUCAACUAGCUUUGUACACAGCCCAGCUAAGUAUUGAAUGGGAAGAUAUUUUUACAUGGUCCGAGAAAAAAGGUCUUAAAUUUUUGACAUAUUCUUUGUCUAUACAACAGAGUGACCCAAUUCUGCUAAAAAAGAUAUUAAAUACCUUGUAUGUAACAAAAAGAAUGUAUGCAGAACUAGGCUUAUUUUCACAUUUCUUUAUUAAUAAUUUACUUCACAAUGUAAUCAGACAUAAUUGUGAUAUAUUUACUGAAGAUCAUACUGGGGCUAUUGUUUUUAACAUCAGAAUAAAUCUCAAUGACCCAAAUAAACCAAAUUAUCAAACUAUCUUCAAUAAUUUGACUGCAAUUUUUGAAUUCUUACAUUCAACUUUGGGCUCGCAGUUUGAAAGUGAUUACACCUUCAUAGAAAUAUUUGCAGAGACAAUCCGUCAAAAGUUUUUUAACAAGAUAAUUGAAGACUGCAUCAGAAUGAACUUACCAUCUUGUGACAGCAGCUACCAGAACUAUAAGAACAUAGUUAUUGAAUUGGAUGCAUUCAACAAGUUUCUAAUCGAUUUAAAAUUUGUAAAAGAGUCCGAAUCACCUCUGAACAAAUACAUAGAUGACACUGAAUGUGUGCUGUAUAACAAGAAAUGUGAUAAAUUACUUGCCGAUGUCCGCACACUGUUGAAAGAGAGUCUUUCUAAUGGUUUAAUUGUUGUUGGUUCAGAAACUAAUAAUAAUGAAAAUGAAUCCAUAUUAGAUGUUACUGAUAAUAGCAUUGUAUGGGAUAUAACAAAGCCUCUAUUUUUACCUAAAUGUGUCAUUUCACAUAAUGUUAAAGCAAUAAUGUCGUUAAUCAUUGAACAUUUGGAAGAGAGUGCCAAGUUGCCGGAGAAAUACAGCACGCAACUGGUUGGGUACAUAAAGGAUAUUGCCAUUAUGUACCAGAGUUUUGUACCCAAGAAGUUCAAGAUAAAUUUGGAAUGCUGUCCUGCUGACAUUGCGCUGUUCUUCAACAACUGUUUCUACCUGGCACAUGGUCUACUUGGACCUCCAUGGUGUAACAGCCUUCCCAAGGGUUUGGCUGACCAGCUAAAUGUGGUGCUGUUAGAGUGCAUACAAGACCUAAGAGUGUUAGGUCUUGAAAAAAUAUCCCUGUACCUUCAAAAUCAGAAGAGUAACAUCAUGCAGAGUAUUGAUGGCAAUGGUGCCGAAUGGACCCAUGAGUCUUACGAGCAAUUUGAUUGUGCAAUCAACAAUGCUUUAGCAUUGAUGAAAGAUCUGAAGUCAUGUUGGCUUGACGUCCUGCCGGCUCGUAUGUAUGAGAUGUCAGUAUGCACUCUGGUACAAACAUUGUGCCAGUCAGUACUAGACCGACUGUUAGCGGACAGUAAACCCGUCACUGAAGAACUGGUUUACAUGUUGGCGAUGAGGGUUGAAUGUACAACAGCUGAAAUCUUCACGUUAUUUGAGGAGCCUAUUGAAUUCGACUUAAAAAUCAACAUUUGGUCGAAGUUUACAAAACUGCCGCAGUUGUUGAAGGCACAAUUGUUAGAAGUAUCGGAUCUAUGGAAUAAGGACAGAGAUCAGUUCAAAAGCUACAGCUGCGAGGAAGUACGCCAUAUUGUCAAGAUGAGGUUCCCCGACGAUAAAUAUAGGCUUAAGAUAUUGAAAGAAAUACAGUGA